AGAGAUGCUGGAGAUCAGCACAUUAUUGAUGUGGUUCUGAAAAUGCUGCAAGAGCAACUAGCAGAGGUGGCUGUCAGUGCUAAGAGAGCUGCCCUAGGAGGAGCUGGCAUCACGGGACCACCUGGACCUCCAGGACCACCAGGACCUCCAGGAGAGCAAGGACCACAUGGACACCAUGGACCACGUGGUAUCCCUGGAAUUAUUGGAGUGAUGGGUCAAAUAGGAAACACAGGACACAAAGGAAAACGAGGAGAAAAGGGAGACCGUGGUGAGACUGGACGUGGUCACCAGGGUAUGCCUGGACCCCCUGGUAUUCCAGGUCUCCCUGGUAUUCCUGGUCACGCCAUUGAUGGAAAAGAUGGAGAAAGAGGUCCAGAGGGAUCAGCAGGAGAGGCUGGCAGACCUGGGCUACCUGGUCCAACAGGUCUCUCAGGAUUUUGUGAGGCAGCAGCAUGUUUGGCAGCGUCUGCAUAUGCUCCAGCUUCUCUGACUGAACCCGGUGUCGUCAAAGGUUAA